CAGACAAAUGUGACCUUUGACCUCGCAGAGCCAAAGUCCGUUGAGGCCCUGUCAGGGAGGAAUAAGGGAGCAAGGGAGCUGAAGGAGGUGAAGAUGAAAGUGAGAGGGAAGAGGCAGGCGAGGCAGAGCCAGAAGGCCAAGGAGCUCCCAGAGCUGGCCAAACUGCCCCCCCUGCCCUGCCCAGAGCAGGCCCUCCUGCAGGCCUUCAGGUUGCUCAGCGUCGAUGACUGGGAGAAGAAGAUCGAGGGCCUGACCUCCAUCAGGUCUCUGUCUCAGCACCAUGCUGAGCUGCUGCUGCCCAGACUGCAUGACCUGUGUCUGGCUGUCACUCAAGAGGUAAAGAACCUGCGCUCCAUGGUGUCCCGCACUGCCAUAGUGACCCUGGCCCACCUGUACGCUCAUCUGGGGCGGGGCAUGGAUGCGGAGGUAGAGGGCACCACCCGGGCGCUGCUGCAGAAGGCAGGAGAGGCCAGCGGCUUCAUCAGGGAUGAUGUGGAGCUGGCGCUGGGGUACAUGGUGGUCAAUGUAACGCCCUCACGCAGCAUGAACGCUCUCAUCAACACAGGAGUCAGGCACCGUAAUACAGCCGCGAGGAAGAGCACUGCUCAGCAACUGGGGAGACUGGCGGAGGUCAUGGGGUCGUCACACCUCCUGUCUGGGAAAAAGGACCUGACAGAACGCUUCAUCCAUGCCAUCUGCUGCCUGGCUGUUGACUGUGCACUGGAAGUCAGGACCCAUGCCCAUAACACUCUGGCCUUUCUGGCCUCCCACCCCAACCUCAUCAAGAUGGUGGAGAGGUUUGUCCCACAGAGAGACCACAUCACCAUCAAGAACAUUAUUAACAAAGGCCAGUGCAGAAAUUUUAAUUGAAGUGAUUUAACAUCAGGGCCAGAUUAAUGAAUGAUGAUUGAUUACAAGGAAAAGACAAAGAAAAGGAGAAUACACAGGAACUUUAGACAAGCCCAGAAAGGUGGGGUGUGGGAACACUAUCGACACCCACAUCUCUGUAGACACAACAUAUUCAUUCAACACUGGCAGCAGUUAUAGCAUUGCUCUUUCAGAGGGCAUGAGCCAGCAACAGGCAGAUAGAGAGGUUCAGCCGCGCCACGUUGGUCCUCCGGGUGUUGAACUGGAAAAGGGGCAAAGGUCAACACGGCAAGGGCCAGGAAGACAAGGCCAACCAGCACGAAGAAUGCGCUCAGCUUCUCUACGACGGGACAGCUCUGAAAACAAAUCGCAAACGCUCCAACUUUUUCACCCUGACCUCAAUGGUGACAAAGGUUGCACCCCAUUGCUUAUAAAUUACCUUAUCUUUGCAAUAAAUAUUACAUGAGUCCCAAUGUAUACAUGUAUAAAAUUGUCAAAAAAACAACAAAAA